GCACUGCAUUUAGUUUUUAAGAGUAUACAAGCAAGGGGAGGAAGAGAGGAUUUAUACUGGUUAGCCUCGACUGUUCCUUUUGUCUAACUUUCUGUGACUUAUCAUCAUUCGGUCAGAUUUUCUUCUUGGCUUCCCCAUAUUCUUGGAGCACAUCGUCAUAUGAACGAAUUUGGGACUGUGGAGAAGCAUGCAGAUGAGUUGAGAUGAGUAUGGCUUUCCUAGCUUACCCAGUUCAGCGUAUGCAUUUAAUCCAGGUAGACUCUGUUCAACGGUGGAUGGAAGACUUGAAGCUCAUGACUGAUUGUGAAUGCAUGUGUAUUCUUCAGUCGAAACCAAUCAGCCUAGAAGAAGAUGCCCAAAGUGAAUUUUCUCUGUCAUCGGAGCACAGCGCUUGUGAUAACUUGCAGUUGUUGCUGAAAAGAGCUUGGAUUAUAAGCACUGAGCUAACGAGGAUCGUUCAAAAACUAGAGAAGAACAGGUGGCAGAGGGUCCACAGCAUGACAGUAAGAGUCAACUGCCAUGUCCGUUCAAUGAUAAAUGAAUACAACACAUUCAAGAGGAAUUCUUGGGAAGAAAUGCAUCAGUAUGAAAAAAUGCUAGUGGAAAAAUGUUCUGAACUUACAACAGUUACUGAAAGGUGCAUCCAGAUUGAAGAUGAGCAGAUAUUAAAGUCUAUGAAAUCUUGUAUUAAUGAUGCUCUAACCACAGUUGCACAGUAUUUUGGCCAGUUGAUAGAACUAGCUUUAACACAUGAAAUAAAGAACCUGGUGAGAGAAAUAGACACAUCAGAUAAUCUGUAUUCUGCUGAGUCAGCUACCAGCAACUUGUUCAGUCUUACCCAGGAAGGCUCUCACCUGUGCCGCAUCAUUGCAAAGGAAGGGGGCAUUGUUGCUCUUUUUAAGAUCUGUCGUCAGGAUUGCUUCAGGUGCCUAUAUCCUCAGACACUCAGGACAUUGGCAUCUGUCUGCUGUGUGGAGGAAGGAAUCCAACAGCUGGAAAAGGUUGAUGGAAUAUUAUGCUUAGCUGAUAUCCUUACGGACAAUACCCAUUCCCAAGCUACCCAUGCAGAGGCGGCAGCAGUAAUAGCUCAGAUUACAUCUCCUCAACUCACCAUCACUCAUCAUCUCAGCAGUUUCCUGGAGAACAUGGAAGAGAUUGUCACAGCCCUUCUUAAACUGUGCCAAGAGGCCACCUCUGGAGAGGUUUUCCUGCUGGCUUCAGCUGCACUUGCCAACAUUACUUUUUUUGAUACAAUAGCCUGUGAGAUGUUGCUUCAGCUGGAUGCAAUGAAUAUUCUCAUAGCAGCUUGUGGUGACAAACAGAGAGUGGAUAGUCCCUAUUCCCGAGACCAGGUUGUGACGAUAUUAGCAAACAUGUCUGUCCUGGACCAGUGUGCCUCAGAAAUAAUCCAAGAAAUGUUAGCAGUCACUGAAGUUGCCAAAGGGAUUUUGCCCAUUGUCACUUUCAACACGUGA